GUGAAGACCAUGGUGGAAGAAAUGGCUAACGAUAAGGUGGAGAAGACAAGUGAGUUACAAUGGGGCUUAUUAUGCCGAGGAGAAUUUUCCCAAGUGAAUGGAAUCAUCCUUCAAAAGAAAGUAUGCGAUUGCUGGGAUAAGAUCUGGAACUUCCAAGCAAAGCCUGAUGACCUUCUCAUUGCUUCUUACCCCAAAGCAGGAACCACUUGGACACAGGAAAUUGUAGAUCUGAUACAAAAUGAUGGAGAUAUUGAGAAGAGCAGGCGUGCUCCCAUUCAACUUCGACAACCUUUCCUGGAGUGUAUAAAAAUGACAUACUGGGGGAUUGACGAGGCUAACGUGAUGCCUUCCCCAAGGACCCUGAAAACUCAUCUUCCUGUACAACUACUGCCUCCAUCCUUCUGGGAGGAAAACUGUAAGAUAAUCUAUGUGGCAAGAAAUCCCAAGGACAACCUGGUGUCCUACUACCAUUUUCAAAGGAUGAACAAAUUACUCCCUGACCCAGGAAGCUGGGAUGAGUACUUUGAAACAGUCCUGGCAGGCAACGGUGAGCCAAGUGCAUGA